GCCGGGCCGCCGCCGGCCGCCGCCGCAGCCAUGAACGCCUUCCGCUUCCUGGGGGACAUGACCCACCUCUUCUCCGUCAUCGUCCUCCUCCUCAAGAUCUACGCCAACAAGUCCUGCUCAGGGGUGUCGAGGAAGACGCAGGAGCUGUACCUGGCCGUCUUCGUCGCGCGCUACCUCGACCUCUUCACCGACUACAUCUCGCUCUACAACACCGUCAUGAAGCUCGUCUUCAUCACCACCUCCGCCGCCAUCGUCUGGUACAUGCGCCGCCACCCGCAGGUGCGACGCACCUACGACAGGGAGCAGGACACCUUCCGGCACGCCUUCCUCGCCGCCGCCGCCUUCGUGCUCGCGCUCAUCUUCAACGACAGGUUCACAAUCCGCGAGAUAUGCUGGGCAUUUUCCAUCUACCUGGAGGCAGUGGCAAUUCUCCCUCAGUUAGUCCUGCUCCAGAGAAGCAGAAAUGUGGAUAACUUGACUGGACAAUAUGUUCUCUUUCUCGGGGCCUACCGUGCAUUCUACAUUCUAAACUGGGUGUAUCGUUACUUCACUGAGGGUCACCAAAGCAGAUGGAUCCCUUGGAUUGCUGGUUUGGUCCAAACAGGUCUAUAUGCAGAUUUCUUCUACUACUAUUUCUUAAGUUGGAAGAACAACGUGAAGCUCGAGUUGCCCGCCUGAGCAUGCUGGACCAUGUCAGAGAAGGUGCAAAUUAUGUGACUCGGAUGUGUUAGCUGAUAAUAUUGGCAUGAAUAGACUCGGUAAUGUGUUGUGAGCAGUUGCAACUGGUACACUCGAACUGAAUUUCGACCAUGAGAAUUGCCUCUCUGUAGUAGUGGUUUUCCCAUUGGCAAAAGCUAUUACAUUUCAGAAGCUAACAGUUGCUGCUACACAGAAGUAGACUAGUCCCAUUUUGUACCUAAGAUGGAUGAUUGCACUCGGGAUUCAUCUAGGUUUGUUGGUUGUUUGCCUGCUGCAAACAAACAGCGUGGCCUCCUGUGGACUUGCAAGUAUUAUUGUAAACCAAUCACCAAUGCACUUUGAACUA